UGAUUUUGCAUUUCUGGGGAGGAGGAAUGUUUUGUUUACUAACAGUUCUCCUCACUGUCAGCUCGGGCACACUGCUUUGGGUGGCUUUGCACAGCACAGCUAUCCAAAUCAGUGUGCUUACAUUGAAGCACACUAACAUGGCCCCCUAGUAAAACACUCCCAGCAUACAGUUAACCCUUUGAUCACCCCUCAUGUUAACCCCUUCCUGCCCAGUGCCAUUAGUGCAGUGUCAGUGCUUUUUAUUAGCACUGAUCAUUGUAUUGGUGUCACUGGGGAUGUCAAUGACACCAAGUCAGUUCCCCCUAGUGUCAGAAUGUCCGCCACAGUACCACUAU